CGCCGGUCUGGUCGCCUGGGGUGGCCGUGGACCCAAGUGGGCACUGCACGCACACGCGAGUUCCAGUCUUGGCCCAAUUGAACCAGGUAGUUUCUUCCUGGACUCUGUAUAUUCGCAUAUUGCUACAUAGGCAGAUAACAUGACUUCGCUGCUGGGUCGCUCGCACCAAGCUGCCGUCCUGCGACAAGGGCGAGUGCGACCUUUCCUGCCCGCACAACAAUGCAGACCGUUGCGUAUAGUCCAUGUAGCGGCAAAGAAGUCUGGUGAGGCUGUUGAGCCUGACCAGUCGUUCGGGCUUGUGGCUCAGCAAGCAGAAUUCUUCCGAGCGCUGCCACUUUACGCUGGAGGAGCCGGUGUGGCGUCUCUGUUGUUAAAUCGAGCACUUUCGGGCAUCGCGCCCGUGGUGGACGCCAGCAGCAGUCAAAGCCGUGCGGAUGUGCUGGGCAUCGUGCUGUCCGCGGUGCUGCUGCUGACCGGGCUGCAGUGGCUGGCGCUCAAACCGCGCGAGGUCGCUGCCGUGGACCUAGAGGGCAGCACUGUGGACUUUGUGGAGCCGGGCCUGAAGCCCUAUGCGGCGCUUCUGCGCGAGUUUGCGUGGGCACGUGAUGCCAUGUUCAGCACCACGCGCUGCAAGUCGCUGGUGCUCCUCUACAAGGGCCGCACCCUGUUCCACUACGGCUUCAUCACCAAGGGCGUCAAGCCCGGGAACGUGGUGCCGGGGGAGAUCUGCACGCAGGCGAUGCGCGACAGCCAGGGCAACUACCUGGCGAACCUGGUGCUGUACCCCGGCCGGCCCGAGUUCACGGCUUUCCUGCCGGAGAACACGCAGGGCGUGAUGGUGCAGCCGGUGGGCAAGGACGGCGUCAUCGUGGCGGGCACGGACACGGUCCGCGGCUUCAGCCGACUGGACCAGGCCUGGCUGUCCACCAUCGCUGACAAGCUGGAGGUGUCGCUGGGGGAGGGCGUGGCGCUGCCGCAGGCGGGCGUGGGGUUCGGCGGGAGCGGCGGCAGCAGCAGCAGCGGGGCCAAGGCUAGCGGCAAGCAGCCGGCUGCCCGGUAGUUGGGUGGGUGGGGGGGUGUAGUGGCGCGGUGUUGGCGGUGGGGGCUGGCGGUGGGGGCUGGCGCGAGCUUCAAGGUGGCACGGGAGGCGGCGCAGGCACGAGCGGCGGAGGCGGCGGCAUAACAGCAGGCAUGAGGGCCCUUAUGUCGUUCAUGUGGCACCCAGGGCCGUGUGCACGUGCCUUGGACGUGUGAUGGGGUAGGUGUGCAUGCCGUACGAUAGUUGUAAUAUGCACGUGGCGCUUUCAGUGUGCACGGAUUGCGAAGAUGCCGUCCUGUCUCCCAUGUUAUACAGUAACGCCUGAGUUACUGUUACCGAGACAUUGCUGACUUGCUGACGCUUAUGAGCAAUGGAAAGUGCGCGCAUUUAGUGUGCGCGGAUUGCGAAGAUGCCCUCCUGUCUCCCAUGUUACCAUGUACCACCGAACGCCCUCACUCAUGUUCCAUGGCGACACGCAGUGCGUGGACACUGUGCAGCUGUUCCAGUAUGGGCUCUCAGGACACUUUGCAAGUGUGCGUGCAUGGGACAGGGUUACGGGGCAGCUUGGCGUAGUCCCGUAGUGGGCAGCGUCAGCCCAAACCCCAACAGUCAAUUUGCGAUGUCAAGGCAAGAGCGCGUGGCUGUUAUACAGUACCGUACCG